CGAGUAUUCUGGCGGACGUGGGAGCGAAUCUGGACUACUUUCCGUACGACAUGUCCUUUAUCACCACCUGCGUCAAUGUCGGCCUCACCUGCAGCGACGCUGGCUACGUCACUGGAAUCAAUUGGCAGUACAAGGCAAUUCAAGGGGAGCUGCCUUCACAGAUUUUCCAGCUAGUGCACCUUGAAUACCUGACUCUACGCGACAACUAUGUGCGUGGCUCAAUCCCUUCUGAAAUCGGCAACCUUGUCAAUCUCACACUAUUGGACCUCACCAACAACUCCUUCUCAGGUCCCUUCCCCACCUUCUUCAGCAAGCUCACCAAGCUCUCCUACCUGUACAUGGGAUUGAACAAGUUUACCGGCAGCCUUCCUGAAGCCAUUGGCAACAUGGUCUCUCUCGGCGACCUCUCCCUGUUCGAUAAUGAGCUCUCGGGUACUCUGCCCUCUUCUAUAGGCCGCCUUACCAAUCUCUACAACUUGGCACUGUCAAGGAACCGCCUGUCAGGGACUCUCCCCAACUCUUUCUCCAACAUGCCCAGCCUCGGCUCCAUCCUACUGGAAAAAAACAUGUUUACGGGGUCGCUGGCUCCCCUCGCUGCUGUCUCCUCCCUCAGCGCCAUCUUCCUGUGCUGCAACCGCUUCAAUGGGACCAUACCGCCCACCUUCUCCUCCAAUGUCUUCACUGACAUUGACGUGUCAGUCAACGACCUGACAGGGCCCCUGCCAUCCGGCCUCAGGUUCUCCGAACCUCCUGGCGGCCCGAAUUUCAACGCAUCAUUCAACCGCCUCUCGGGGGAAAUCCCCUUCGACUUCAACGUCAAUUUCUUCUUCACCCUUGACAUCUCUCACAACAAUUUGUCGGGCAGAGCGUUCUUUUCGGGGCAACAGGAGAGUCCUAAAACUUUCACCAUCAACUAUUCACACAACAGAUUCUCAGGAGCGAUCGACCCCUCCCUCUCCACGCUCACGUACCUCCACGACCUGAACAUGUCGGGCAACCUUCUCACGGGGUCCAUUCCAGCCUUCAUUUCGCUCCUCACCAACCUCACUCUGCUCGACCUCUCCUCCAACCAGUUGACUGGGGCCGUGCCGCCAGCUAUCAGCAACCCCACUAACCUCGUCAGCAUCAACCUGGCACACAACCUGCUGCAGGGCUCCAUUCCCCGGGCCCUCUCCCGCCUCGCCUCCCUCACCUACCUCAACGUGUCGUCCAAUCAGCUGUCAGGAGACAUCACAGCGGCCCUCUCUCCUCUGCGGUCCCUCGAGAUUGUUGACAUCUCAUCCAACACAUUGAACGGCUCUGUCCCCCCCUUCUUUGGUCGCAUGCCCAACAUGACCCACCUGGACAUGGCCAUCAACCUGCUCUCCGGCUCGGUGCCUCCCUCGAUUUUCAACCUGCGACGCCUCUCCCACCUCAACGUGUCUCGCAACCGCCUCUCAGGCCCUCUGCCCAACGCUGCUGCCAGCCCAGCUCUCAUCAUCGACCUCUCAUUCAACACGCUCUCAGGGACGCUGGAGAGCCAGCAAGUCAACCUGAAGCGACUGGCAUUGCUGGCAGUGCACCACAACCAGCUGUCAGGCCCCAUCCCCGAGUACCUCUGCCAAUCAGUGCUGCAGAUCAUGCUCCUGAGCAGCAACGCCUUCUCGGGAGCCCUUCCUCAGUGUCUGCCCUUCGUCUCCUCCGUCCAACUCAUUGACGUCAGCAACAAUUUGCUCUUCAUGGAUGCCGCAUCCUUCCAAAACAUGCCGCCCAUCAGCCUGGACCUCAGCGGCAACUACCUCUAUGGCUCCCUCUCACCCUUCCCCAACAUCUCCCUCUCCUCCUCCUCCUCCUCCUCCUCCUCCUCCUCCUCCUCCUCCUCCUCCUCCUCCUCCUCCUCCUCCUCCUCCUCCUCCUCCUCCUCCUCCUCCUCCUCCUCGCCGCCCAUCCCCUCUCUCGUCCUCCCAGCGACCCCCCAACCCCAGUCCCUUCCCCCCUGGGCAGUCCAGGAUGCAACGAACUCUGAGUGGGCGUGGGUAUGGCAGGGGGGGCAGCAGGGGGCAACUGGAGCAGGAGGGGCGAGCGGGGGGAAUAGCAGCAGCGCAGCGGCGUGGCUGGCAGUGGAGGGCAACUGUUUGGGGAGUGAGGUUGUGGGGCAGCAACGUGGAGCAACAGAGUGUGCGGCGGUGUGUGGGAUAGAGCCAGGGCAGGGCCCCUGUGGGGGUGCGGGUGCGGGGCAGUGUGUGGUGCAGAGCGGUUGGCCACCGUCCCUCUCCUGCUCCUGCGCCAGUGGCUACGUUGCUGUCACUGCUGCCGGCACUGCCAACACCACCACUUGCGAGCUGCCACCCCCUUCCCCUUCCAGUAUCGUCCUCGUCGGGGCUGUCAGCAGGGGCGGUGGCGGGCAUAGUGCGUCCUCGUCGGGGCUGUCAGCAGGGGCGGUGGCGGGCAUAGUGGUGGGCGUUGUGCUGCUGCUCGCAGCUGUCGCUGGCCUUCUCUUCUUCUUCCUCCGCCCCUCUAAGAGAAGGUCGUUGGAUUUGGACCAGUGUGUGGCGUUCCGCAUAGAGGAUAUACGCCGCGCCACCAACAACUUCUCCCCGGAAAGCAAGCUGGGUGAGGGUGGCUUCGGAAGCGUCUUCAAGGGCACCGCCCCCGACGGCACCCUGUGGGCCAUCAAGCGCGCCAAGUUCCUCACCAACGACUUCGAGAAGGAGGUGCGAGCAGUGGCAACGCUGCGGCACCAGCACCUGGUGCGGCUGCUGGGGUACUGCAUGGACUACAACGCGGCCACGGGCCACCAGGAGCAGAUCCUCGUCUACGAGUUUGUUCCCCACGGCGACCUCUCCCACUACCUCCACGCAGGGGACGCCCCCCCUGGUUCCACCCGCGUGUCGCUCUCCUUUGAAGAGCUCGUGCGCAUUGCUCAGGGCGCGGCGGAAGGCCUGGCAUACCUGCACCACUCGCUCUCCCCUCCAAUUGUUCACCGCGAUGUGAAGCCCGCGAACAUUCUCAUUGGCGAGAGCCGCACCGCGAAGCUGGGUGAUUUCGGGCUGGUUAAGAUGGAUAACCUGGAAAAUGCGACGAACCUGGCGGGCACGCCUGGGUACAUGGACCCGGAUUAUGGUGACAGCAAGAUUGUGACGACGGCGAGUGACGUGUUCAGCUUCGGAGUGGUGCUGCUGGAGAUGGUGUCGGGGAAGCGGGCUGUGCUGGAUGAGAGUGACAUCGCCUUCAGCAACCGUCACAUCUCCAUCUGGGCGAACGAGCUUGUGAUGGCAGGCAAGAUCACCCAAGUGGUGAUGGAGGACCUGAAGGCGCCACCGGAUGCCAUCAUCAUGUUUGUCGAUCUCGCCAUGGAUUGCCUGAAGCGACCUGGAGCCUUGAGGCCGGAGAUGCGGGAAGUGGCACGGCGCCUCACCAACAUCCUUGCCGUUGCACAAGGAAAUGCGCCGGUGCGAGAAGCGGCGAUGCUGCGGCACGAGCACCUGGUGCAGUUGCUGGGGUACUGCAUGGACUACAACAUUGCCACAGGCCACCUGGAGCAGAUCCUUGUCUACGAGUUCGUCCCCCACGGCAACCUCUCCAACUACCUCCACUCUCCUCCUGGUGCAACCCGAGUGUCCCUCUCCUUUGAGGAGCUCGCAAACAAGCUUGUGAUGGAGGGCAAGAUCUCCAAAGUGGUGAUGGAGGGACUCAAAGCCCCACGUGAUGCCAUCACCAUGUUUAUCAGUCUCGCCAUGGAUUGCCUGAAGCGGCCUGGAGCUCUAAGACCAAAUAUGCGGGACGUUGCACAGCGCCUCACCAACAUUCUCGCCAUUGUAUCCAAUAGGAGCUAA